AUGGGAUCUCCCACUCCUGUGUCUAGUACAUUGAUCAGGCACUGGGUAUCAUUGAACCAGCGAACCCCUCCAGCCCAGAAGUUUGCAGGCAAACCUCAUGGGUUUAGUUUUCAGGCCUUCUGCAAGGUGAACACCCCAGACCAGGAGUUUUCAAUGAUUGCCAACGCAGAAGAUGAAGCGGAUUCCAACUUCCAAAUGCGGAAAUCCAGCUAUCACGUGGAGAGGCAGGUUAUGGAUGAGGAGUACUUGGAGGUGGUGGCACAAUGGUCAAAGAAACCUGAGCCCUCCCUGAAAGAUAAACUGAAAGAAAAUCUGAGAUGCUCAGGCCCGAAAGCCAAAUCCUUUCUGUUCAAGUUAAUCCCAAUCCUCCAUUGGUUGCCCAAGUAUCCCUACCGAGAAUGGCUAUUAGGCGACAUCUGCUCCGGAUUCAGUGUUGGAAUUGUGCAAUUACCACAAAGUAUGGCAUAUGCUCUUUUGGCAGCUGUUCCCCCUGUCUAUGGACUUUAUACUUCCUUCUUCCCAGUGCUUAUAUACUUUAUAUUUGGAACAUCCAGACAUGUCUCAGUUGGUUCCUUUGCAGUACUAAGUGUUAUGCUGGGGACAAUAACUGAGAGAAUAGCCCCAGAUGAGAACUUUUUGAUCAAUUCUCACAACAUUACAAAUGGAACGGCAGAAAUUGAUACCGUGGCACGGGAUUUAAUGAGGGUGAAAGCAGCAACGAUGGUUACCUUCUUGUGCGGGAUCUUUCAGAUCCUGUUGGGAUUGAUACGGUUUGGAUUUGUUGUCACAUACCUGUCUGACCCUCUUGUCCGAGGUUACACAACUGGUGCAGCAGUCCAUGUGCUGGUGUCACAACUGAAGUAUGUGUUUGGCAUUUCAAUUGCUAGAAAGAAUGGGCCCCUCGCAUUAAUCUAUACUUUAAUCGAUGUGAUCAAAGCAUUACACUUGACGAAUAUUGGCACCAUGGUUGUCAGUAUUAUUGCUAUGUCCACCAUGUUUGCAGUGAAGGUGAUAAACGACCGUUUUAAGUCUAAAUUGCCAAUACCUAUUCCUAUUGAACUCAUUGAGGUAAUAAUUGCUACACUGAUUGCGUCUAAUGUCGACCUAGUCGGAAAAUAUGGAAUACAAGUUGUGGGGAAUAUUCCGAAAGGCCUGCAAGCCCCAGUUCCACCUGACUUCAACCUUGCCUCCAAUCUUGUGGGAGAUGCUUUUGCUUUGGCCAUUGUAGGAUACGGCAUCACAAUAUCACUGGGCAAGAUCUUCGCAUUGAAGCAUGGAUACCAGGUGGACAGUAACCAGGAGCUGAUCGCACUGGGGCUCAGCAACUUUGUGGGAGGAUUUUUUCAAUGCUUUGCUGUGAGUUGUUCCAUGUCUAGGAGUCUGGUUCAAGAAACUACUGGAGGAAACACACAGUUAGCUGCCGCAGUGUCUUCUGUUGUUAUCUUGGUGAUUAUCCUUGAAAUCGGGGCACUAUUUAGUCAACUACCUAAGGCUGUUUUAGCAUCAAUUGUCAUCAUCAAUCUCAAGGGGAUGUUUGAACAGGUCACUGAUAUUUGCCAUUUCUGGAGGACUAACAAGAUUGAUCUGAUAGUUUGGAUUGUCACUCUCAUUUUCACAGUACUAUUAGGCAUGGACUUUGGACUGGCUGCAUCCAUAGGAUUUGUAAUACUUACUGUGAUCUUCCAGACACAACUACCCAAAUAUUCAAUUCUGGGACAGAUUCCAAAGACCGAUAUCUACAGAGAUGUCAGCCAGUUUGAUGAGGCAAAAGAAAUUCCAGGAAUCAAAAUUUUCCAGUCAUCUGCGACCAUGCACUUUGCCAAUGCUGAGUUGUAUGAAGAAGCUCUGAAGCAGAUGACUGGAAUUAAUGUCAGUAAACUCAUUUUGAAAAAGAAGAAAAGAAUCGUGGCACUUAAGAACAAAUUGAAAAAGCAGGAAAAGAAGGAUAAGAAAAAAGCCAAGAAAGAGCAAAAGCAACAGAAAAUCUUUGAAUCAGGAACUGAUGGCCCAGCCACCAUCACUGAGAAUAUUGGUAACGACAAUUCCAUCAGCUUGGAAAUAAAUUCGGACUUUGACUCGCCAUCAAAAGUGAGCAAAAAGCCGGAGGAGCUCAGCCUGGAGUCUCUUGGUCUUCAAAAACCCGAUGUUCAUUCCCUCAUACUUGACUUUAGUCCUGUCAACUUUGUGGAUAGCGUCUGCAUCAAGAUUUUGAGAAAUAUUUUCCGGGAUUAUAAAGAGAUUGAGGUUGACGUUUACUUAUCAGGUUGUCACUGGGUUAUUAUUCAGCAGUUUGAACAAGGAGGAUUCUUUGGGAAAAACAUCAGCAAAUCCCAGAUCUUUACCACUGUACACGAUGCUGUUCUAUACUGUAUGAUGAAAAAUAACCCAUCGACUGAUCAGGCAUUUUACAUGAAUGGAACCCUUGCACUAUCUCCUUCACAGGAUGACGAACAAGAGUCCACCCUUGCCCACGUAAGAAACUCUUUUUUCAAAAAUCUGAUGUUUAAAAUGUUGUUUCAAGUUAAUGAAUCUGAUUUAUCGCUGGAGAGCACGGGGAAAAUAAUUCUGCUUCACCAGGUUCUUGGCAAGCAUUGCAAAACUUGUCAUGUGGAUCAUAAACACGAAAAACUUGUUUCAACAUAA